CGGGCCAUGGCGGACCAAACAGCGCGUCAACUUCAGUACGAAUAUAAAGCGAACUCGAACCUCGUAUUACAAGCAGAUGUUCGGCUCAUCGAGAGACGUGGCAAAGAUGAGGCCACCGGAGAAGUCAUGUCCCUCACGGGGAAGCUGGAGGGGACGCGCAUGGGGGACCGGUACCAGCGCACCCGGCCACAGCAGCCCAAGGAGGAGCAGAGGAAGUCCAAGAAACAGAAGCGCGAGGACGCCCCCAGCAUUGCCGUGAAGAACAUGACCAUUCUGGAACUGGACGACAUGGCUGACAUUUUCUACAGACCAAAGAGCACCGACACAAAGCAGACCUAUGAGGUGAUCCUAUCGUUUAUCCAGGAGGCCCUUGGGGACCAGCCCAGGGAUGUCCUUUGUGGUGCAGCUGAUGAAGUCCUCUCAGUCCUCAAAAAUGACAAACUCAAAGACAGAGAACGCAAGAAAGAGACAGAAGAGCUGCUGGGGAGUCUGGCAGAGGAAAGGUUUGCGGUGCUAGUCAAUUUAGGGAAGAAAAUCACAGAUUUUGGCCACGAGACAAAGACCGUGGCAAAUGAGGCCGUGCUAGAUGAGACUCAUGGUGUCAACGUGCAGUUUGAAGAUUCUGAGGAGGAGGAGGAAGAUGAUGUGGCAGGUGAAGUGCGAGAUGAUGAGGAAGAAGAAAUUGACGCAGAAGAGAGUGCUGCAGGAUCUCAUGCCAUCCAUGCGGAGAACCUCACAGGGGGUGACCAGGUGGGAGCCAAGAAGGAGAGAGUGCUGAGCCCACACGACAUCGGUGCGCACUGGCUGCAGAGGGAGCUCAACAGAUUUUACAAUGAUCCAAUACAGGCGCAGACGAAGUCAAGCGACGUGCUCGAAAUUCUCAAGACAGCAAAGGAUGACAGAGAGUGUGAAAAUAAACUUGUGCUCAAUCUUGGUUACGAUAAAUUUGAGUUUAUUAAAAUUUUAAACAAGAAUCGACAGAUGGUGUUAUACUGCACACUCCUUGCCUCAGCCCAGUCUGAAACAGAGAAAGAAGAGAUUCGCCGAAUAAUGUUAGCAGAGCCCAACCUGAAAAGAAUCCUGGCUUUGCUUGAAAACGAGGAGGAGGCCAUGGACAUGAACGAUAACGGAGAGGAAAUGGGUGGUUCUCGACCAAGAAGAAUCAAUACAGAGGCAAUGGAAGUCGAUGACAGGUCAGGACAGGUCCCAGGUCAUAGAGAAUAUGUAGACCUGGAGGCUCUUGUUUUCACAACAGGUUCUCAUUACAACUCCAACAAGAAGUGCCACCUUCCAGAGGGCUCAACAAGACAGAUGAAGAAGGGGUAUGAUGAGAUUCAUGUCCCCGCCCUCAAACCUAAGCCCUUUGCCCCAGAUGAAACCCUGGUCCCCAUUGCCAACUUGCCAACUUAUGCCCAGCCUGCCUUUGAUGGCUUUAAGAACCUCAACAGAAUCCAGAGCAAGUUGUUCAAGGCAGCCAUGGACAGUGAUGAAAAUCUACUGCUCUGUGCUCCCACUGGUGCAGGUAAAACCAACGUGGCUCUCCUUACCAUAUUAAGGGAAGUCGGCAAGAACACCAACCCAGACGGCUCCAUCAAUGGGGAUGCCUUCAAAAUCAUCUAUGUGGCCCCCAUGCGCUCCCUUGUCACAGAGAUGACCCAGAACUUCUCAAAGAGGCUGGAGUCAUAUGGGCUGAAGGUAGGGGAGCUGACUGGUGACCAUCAGUUGACGCGAGAGCAGAUUAUGGAAACCCAAGUGAUUGUGUGUACGCCAGAAAAGUGGGAUGUCAUCACAAGACGUGGUGGUGAGAGGUCGUACACUCAGCUCGUUAGACUUAUUAUAUUUGAUGAGAUCCAUCUGCUCCACGACGAACGAGGCCCCGUACUUGAAGCUUUGGUGGCGCGUACUUUGAGAAACGCCGAGACAACGGGGGACAUUGUUCGCCUGGUUGGGUUGUCAGCCACGUUGCCCAAUUAUGAAGAUGUUGCAGCUUUCCUAAGAGUCAACCUAAAGACUGGACUGUUCUUCUUUGACAACAGCUUCCGACCAGUGCCCCUUGCACAGCAGUACAUUGGUAUUACUGAGAAGAAGGCCAUCAAGAGAUACCAAGUCAUGAAUGAUAUUUUGUAUGAAAAGGUGAUGGAGCAUGCUGGAAAGAACCAGAUCCUGAUUUUUGUUCACUCAAGAAAAGAGACGGCGAAAACUGCCAAAGCAAUCCUGGACAUGUGUCUGGAAAAAGAUACUCUUGGUAACUUUCUGAGAGAGGGAUCGGCAUCCACAGAGGUGUUGCGCACAGAGGCUGAGCAGGUGAAGAACAAUGACCUUAAAGGACUGCUACCCUAUGGCUUUGCUAUUCAUCAUGCUGGAAUGAACAGGGUGGACCGUAACUUGGUGGAAGAUCUGUUUGCUGAUCGGCACAUUCAGGUGCUGGUGUCCACUGCCACACUUGCCUGGGGUGUGAACCUUCCAGCUCACACUGUAGUGAUCAAAGGAACACAAGUCUAUGAUGCAAGCAAGGGACGUUGGGUAGAGCUGGGCGCCCUGGAUGUACUGCAGAUGUUGGGACGUGCAGGUCGACCCCAGUAUGAUACGAAGGGUGAAGGCAUCCUCAUCACCAACCAUUCAGAGUUGCAAUAUUACCUUUCCUUGAUGAAUCAGCAGUUACCCAUUGAAUCCCAGUUGAUAGCAAAGUUGCCAGACCUUUUAAAUGCAGAAAUUGUCUUGGGAUCUGUUCAGAGUGUUCGUGAUGCUGUGAACUGGUUGGGUUACACAUACUUGUAUGUGAGAAUGGUCCGUGCAGGCAACUUGUAUGCCGUGCAGUCUGACACUUCUGAUAAGUACUUACAGCAGCAUCGAGCCAACCUCAUCCAUUCAGCAGCCCUGAAACUAGAAAAGGGCAACCUCAUCAAAUACGAUAAAAAGAGUGGGAAUUUCCAGGUCACAGAGUUGGGACGCAUUGCCAGUUACUUUUACAUCACGUUUGACACCAUGAAUGUCUACAACCAGCAGUUGAAGCCAACCUUGAGUGAGAUCGAGUUGUUCAGGGUGUUCUCUCAGAGUUCUGAGUUCAAGAAUCUUAUGGUGAGAGAGGAGGAAAAGCUGGAGUUGAAGAAGUUGAUGGAGCGUGUACCAAUUCCAAUCAAGGAGAGUGUUGAAGAGCCCAGUGCAAAGGUCAACAUCCUCUUGCAGGCUUAUAUUUCUCAGCUCAAACUUGAUGGUUUUGCCCUCAUGUCAGAUAUGGUGUAUGUGACACAAAGUGCUGGGAGGCUGAUGAGAGCCAUGUUUGAGAUUGUGCUUCACAGGGGCUGGGCCCAGCUGGCAGACAAGACUCUGAACCUGUGUAAGAUGGUGGACAAGAGGAUGUGGCAGUCCAUGUCGCCCCUUCGCCAGUUCAGGAAGAUCCCCGAGGAGGCCAUCCGCAAGCUGGAAAAGAAGAGCAUUCCCUGGGAACGUCUCUACGACCUGGGCCCCAACGAGAUUGGUGAGCUCAUCCGCAUGCCCAAGGGAGGAAAGAUGAUCCACAAGUACAUUCAUCAGCUGCCAAAGCUGGACCUGGAGACUCACAUCCAGCCCAUCACCCGCCAGAUGCUCAAGGUGGAGCUCACCAUCACCCCUGACUUCAAGUGGGAUGAGAAAGUCCACGGACGCUCACAGGCAUUCUGGAUCUUGGUUGAGGAUGUGGAUGCAGAAAAUAUCCUCCACCACGAGUAUUUCCUCCUGAAGCAAAAGUUCAAUGAAGAUGAGCAUGUCAUCAAGUUCUUUGUGCCUGUGUUUGAGCCUCUCCAUCCCCAUUACUUCAUCCGCAUCACUUCUGACACCUGGCUUGCUGCAGAGACCCAGUUGCCCGUGUCCUUCCGGCAUUUGAUCCUUCCUGAGAAAUACCCGCCUCCCACUGAGCUGCUUGACCUUCAGCCCCUGCCCAUCACUGCUCUCAGGAACCCCCAGUACGAGGCCCUCUACAAGACCCUCAACAGAAACCAGCAGUUCAACCCCAUCCAGACUCAGGUCUUCAAUGCAACCUACAACUCAGAUGACAGUGUGUUCAUUGCUGCUCCUACAGGUUCUGGCAAGACUCUGUGUGCUGAGUUUGCUAUUUUGAGGAUGUUCAGCCAGGAUGAGACUGCCAGGUGUGUGUACGUGGCCUCCAAGGAUGAGAUUGUGGAGAGCAUGUAUGACCACUGGCAGGAGAAGUUUGGGAACCUGGACAAGAGGGUAGUGCUGCUGACUGGUGAGACUGGUGCAGAUCUCAAGCUUCUUAACAAAGCAAACAUUGUGGUAAGCACAGCAGAAAAGUGGGAUGUGCUCUCUCGCCGCUGGAAACAGAGGAAGAAUGUGCAGAAUAUUAGUUUGUUUAUUGUUGAUGAACUGCAGUUGAUGGGAGGCUCUGAUGGCCCUACACUGGAAGUGGUUUGUUCCAGGAUUCGUUACAUUGCCUCAAAGAUCAGCAAACACAUCAGAAUUCUGGCUUUGAGUUCUUCCUUGGCCAAUGCCAGAGAUGUGGCACAGUGGCUCGGGUGUUCUUCAAACUACACCUUCAAUUUCCACCCAAAUGUUCGUCCAUUGCCACUAGAACUGCACAUUCAAGGGUUCAACAAUCCCCACAAUGCUUCAAGAAUAUAUGCCAUGGCCAAACCUGCUUAUUCAGCUAUCCUAAAGCACAGUCCAAGGAAGCCAGCAAUGGUGUUUGUUCCCUCAAGAAAGCAGAGUAUGAUCACAGCAAGUGACCUCCUUACCUUUGCUGCAGCAGACAAGGAACCACAGAGAUUCUUGCAAGUAAACCCUGAGGAAAUGACAGAAUUCCUUCCACAGAUAAGUGAUGAAAUGUUAAGGGAACUGGUGAGCCAGGGUGUAGGAUACCUGCAUGAGGGUCUCAGUGCCAGAGACCGCAGGAUGGUUGAGCGGCUCUUUGAGGCAGAAGCCAUCCAGGUGGUGGUUGUGAGCCGUGCACUGUGUUGGGCUGUGACAGCACCUGCUCACUUGGUUGUUAUCAUGGACACACAGAGCUACAAUGGGCGUCUUCACAACUACGAAGAUUAUCCCAUCACGGACACCCUGCAGAUGGUAGGUCGUGCAAAUAGACCUAAUGACGAUGAUGAAGCCAAGUGUGUCCUCAUGUGUCAUUCCUCCAAGAAGGACUACUUUAAGAAGUUCUUGUAUGAGCCUCUGCCCAUUGAGAGCCAUCUUGACCAUGCCCUCCACGACCAUUUCAAUGCUGAGAUUGUCACACGUACCAUUGAGAACAAACAGGAGGCUGUGGACUAUGUCACUUGGACUUUCUUGUACCGCCGCAUGACACAGAACCCCAAUUACUAUGGACUGCAGGGUGUGUCUCAUCGUCAUUUGUCAGAUCACCUCUCAGACCUGGUGGAGAACACUCUUCAUGACCUGGAAGAGUCAAGGUGCAUCACCAUUGAAGAUGACAUGGACACGGCUCCCCUUAACUUGGGAAUCAUUGCCUCAUAUUAUUACAUCAACUACACUACAAUUGAAUUGUUCAACAAAUCUCUCAACAGCAAGACGAAGAUCAGAGGUCUGCUGGAGAUCAUCUCCAGUGCUGCAGAGUAUGAAAAUGUUCCCAUUCGCCACGGGGAGGAAGACACCCUGCGACGUCUCAUACAGAAGGUGCCCAACAAGCCAGAAGGGAAGCCCACCGACCCACACACAAAGACUAACCUCAUGCUGCAGGCUCAUCUCACCCGCCUCACACUGAGUGCCGAGUUGCAGCAAGACACAGAGCUGGUUCUGGGACGUGCCCUCAGGCUCAUCCAGGCCUGUGUAGAUGUGCUCUCAUCUAAUGGUUGGUUAGCACCUGCUCUUUCUGCCAUGACACUGGCACAGAUGGUGACACAGGCCAUGUGGUCCAAGGACUCAUAUCUGAAACAGCUGCCACACUUCACCAGCGACAUGAUUGAGCGGUGCGAAGCCAAGGACGUCACCUCAGUCUUCGACAUCCUGGAACUGGAGGACGACGACCGAAACCGGCUGCUUCAGCUGUCGGAUGCCCAGAUGACGGACGUGGCUCGCUUCUGCAACCGCUACCCGAGCAUCAACCUGGACUACGAGGUGGUGGACUCGGACUCCAUCACGAGCGGCGCGAUGGUGAACGUGGAGGUGGUGCUGGAGCGCGAGGACGAGCCGGGCCCCGUCAUCGCCCCACUCUUCCCCCACAAGCGCGAGGAGGGCUGGUGGGUCAUCAUCGGCGACCCCAAGGCCAACUCCCUCAUCUCCAUCAAACGCCUCACGCUGCAGCAGAAGGCCAAGGUGAAGCUGGAUUUCGUGGCGCCCAGCGAGGGCAGCUACGAGUACAGGCUCUACUUCAUGAGUGACGCGUACAUGGGGUGCGAUCAGGAGUACAAGGUGCCGCUCAGAGUGAGGGAGGCAGAGUCGGAAUCUGAUUCUGACAGUGAUUAAGUUGCAGAAGAAUUGUAUUGAUUUAUAUUUAAGAAAUUUUUUGUAUAUAUAUUUAGCUCCUCAUCAAAGAAACCCAUUCCAGGAUCACACAAGUCACCUGAAUAUUGAUUUCGAUGUACUAUAUCAUAGUAUUUGAAAUGGUAGAACUGCAUAAACAAAUCUUAUUUUACUUUUCAUUUUAAAAAUUCCACAGGUUUUAUUUAGAAAAUACAUGGUUCUUUGACUUCAGUAUAUGAAUCUUUGUUGUGUUUUAGAAUAACAAGUACAACAUUUUUGAGGCAAAAUUGUAGUGUAUAUUUUUUCUAAAUAAAAAUUGAUUGCACUCAA